AUGAGUGAACUAAGUGAAUCUGAAAAGCGCAAGAUUUUGAGAGAAAGAAGGCAGCAGAAGUUUCGCGCUGGAGGCGCCUCGUCUAGAUUGAAUAAGAUCACUGGGCAAAUACCUAACAGUCAAUUGAGUACGGAAUCAUCAUUGGACACUACCGAGGCAAAUGAGCAUACCAAAGGGCUCUCAAACGAUGAAGAUGUGUACCAAAUCAUUGAUUCGCCUGAAGGCAAUGAACAAAGUACUAAGGAAAUGGAUGAACUAAUUGCAAGUAUAAGUAAACCGCCAUCGUCGAAGAUCAUUCCCCCUAAAAGUAGAGAUUUUUCACCUACACCUGAGUUAUCGGAGACACCGGGUACAGUGGAUCCUUUCUCUAUGCUGAAAGCCAUGCAAGGUGAUGCUGAAGGUAACGGAUCUUCACCUUUUGACUUGUUCAAGGCAAUGCAAGGGGGCGGACAAACCGAGCCGGGUGAGUCGCCAUUUGGUAAAGAUCCGGUGGAUGAAGAAAUGGUGAAUUAUCAUAAAUAUGUGGUAAACAAGUUGAAAGCCUAUUCAAUUUUGUUUAAGUGGUUGUUCUUUAUUUUACCAUAUGUUUACGUUGUCAUUAAAAGUGAAACCUUACCAUUUGAAUUACCAAAUUGGCUUGUCAAUCCUUCAAAUUUCUUCACCAUUUUUGUGGCGUUUGAAAUUGUAGCCACUUCAAUUUAUUAUCAAAAAUUACAAACGUUUGAAAGUGACAAUAAUAUUGAUACUUUACAACAUAAUAAUAAAAUAGCCAAACUCGCGUCUUUCAUACCCAAUGAGGGAUUGCCAAUUCGUAAUGUCAGAGAUAAAGUCUUUAUGGCAUUGCAUUAUUGGGAUGUUUUAUCAAUGUUCAUUACUGAUAUUUGUUUCGUCCUUAUAUUGAUGGGUGUAUUCACCUAUAUCUAA